AUUGACAUCCAUCACUUUUACUCACAGCUGCUGCCAUUGUCAAGACAACAGGAGAUGCCAUGUCUUUCUCUUACGAACAGCAACAGCUCCAAGCGGAGUUUGAUCAAGAAACUAGUAGUAGUAUAGCUGAUGCUGACGAAGGUUCCUCUUCGCCGGUAUCAUUAUUUCUGCUGUUUUGCAAUGUUCUUUGGUUUCUGGUGGCCGCUGGCACGUACAUCUACUUUCCUCGUCUGGUAAAACUGGGACAGCGACGGCAAGAGCUUGGAAAGUGGAUUGCACUGGUGCGGCAACAACGAGACAAAAAGGUUCACAAGGUACUCUUGCAGCAGCAGAAACGAGUUGAACCAAACGAAAGUGAUGAUUGUUGGAAGACGGCCACACAGACGCGACACGAAAUUCUGCAAGGAACAUUGCAAGCCCACGAAAACAUCUCCCUGUUGGCCCAUCGGUGUCGUAAGUUUGGUCGGAGCAAACAGAUCAAUGCCAUUACCGAAGAACUCUACGAUGAGGCAUUUCAAGCGGCAUCAAACUUGGCAAACUUUCAAGAAAAGGACGGCAUUGAGCCUCCUCCCCUGUUUGGAGUCCCAGUGUGUGUCAAGGAAUGGAUUGGCGUCAAGAAUACGUAUGCUACGGCGGGCAUGACAUGUCGUCUCCUUCGUCCCGACAAACAGGAUUGUCUCUUGGUGGAAACACUUCGAACGGUUGGUGGGGCCAUUCCACUCGUCAAGGGAAAUGUUGUGCAAAUGCUCAUGCUUGCCGAAACACACAAUCGCAUUUGGGGCACAACCACCAAUCCUUAUGAUCUGGCGCGAACUCCAGGGGGGUCAUCAGGAGGUGAUGCCGCUUUGGUGGCAAUGGGAUGCGUACCCUUGUCCGUCAGCUCCGAUGGAGCCGGGUCUAUUCGAAUACCGGCAUGCUACUGUGGCAUUGUUGGAUUCAAACCAACCACUUGGAGAUCGUCGCUGAAAGAUUGCAUCAAGCCUCGUUCGGAGGAUAAACAUGGCAUAUCCAUUGCGCUUUCCACAACCAUUGGACCCAUGGCCCGGUGUGUCGACGAUUGCAUCCUUUACAUGAAGGCGAUUUGUGUCCCGCACUUGUUUCGAAACGCAGAUCCGGCGCAUUCACCACCCGUACCGUUCCGUUAUGAGGAGCUCUACAAUCAACCAAAAAAGCUCACCAUUGGAUACUUUGAAACGGAUGAUUGGUAUGAACCGUGCACCGCAUCCAAACGAGCCUUGCGAGAAACCAUACACAAUCUACAAACAAUGGGUGGACACAAGUGUGUACGGUUCGAACCACCGAGCAAUGGAUGGGACCACUUCGGAUUGCUUAUUCGAAUCAAUGCUUCCGAAGGAAUUGGAAGGGUCGUGCGAGAAGCGUUAGAUGGGGAACUACCCAUAGCGGAAAUUCAAACGAUGCUUUGGGCAGACAUGGUACCAAUACCCCUUUGGGCUGUGCCUAUAAUAACGUGGUUGAUUCGGCUGGUCAUGGGGCCUCGAAUGGCACAUUUGUUCCAAGCCAGCAAGGAUAUCUCCACCGUCUAUCAGGUUUGGCAAGCAAUGGCCGACUUGAUGGAACUACGAAGCAAAUGGUCAGACGCAGUGAAGGAGGCGGGGGUGGAUGUCAUUCUGCACCCGGCCAUGCCAACACCUGCACCAUUUCUGGGAACUGCAAAGGACAAUCCAAACGUCAGUUACAUGCAAAUUGCGCCUUUGUUAGGAUGGCCCAGUGGAGUGGUGCCAGUGACAACCAUUCAACGCGACGAACAACAUUUCUAUAAUGACAAGACAAAGGGGGAAGCUCUUCCCAGAGAUCAGACAGAUCAUUUUGCGCGAGCGGCCGCCAAAGUCAUGGAGAAAAGUUCUGGGCUGCCAAUGAGUGUCAGCAUACUGGCACCAGCAUUUCGGGAUGAGACAUGUCUCUACGCGAUGAAGGAGAUUGAAAAAAUUGCCAACUUUCAAUCCAAACCGCAGGCAUAUCUACAACCCGUCAGCUAGCUACCAGGUAGCUGCUUUAAAAUAGAGCAUGAUUGGGUUAGCAGCCACGGAUUAAGUUGUUGGUAUGUGGGUUGGUGUGUGCAGGGGCUGGUUCAGUACCGGUACCGGUAGUGGCUAAUGUCUAAGUAGAAACUUCAUCGAAAACAAAUGGAUGGCAUGGGCAGUGCUCCGUUGGCUUCAGAACCCCAAGAGAUCCCAGCCCAGUCAGCUACAGGGUGCGAGUCGAGUCCCGACGUUUUAGCUGUUCCACUUAAACCUCGUCGUCCGCACCAGAUAAAAGAAAAGCAAUGAGACUGGGGCGCGUCGAUAUGUCAACUCUUCAAGACCAACGGUGCUAACGGUAGGCACCUCUACCAUGUCAUCUACCGGUUGCAUGAAGUAGUCGCGAUGCGAUUUUAAAAUAUUAUGUAUUUCUAACUUUUACGUAAGCGUAGAGUUGC